UGCGUCAGGAACGUGGGGCGGAAGUGGCUGGGAAGGGAAUGGGGGUGUUUAACUCGGGUGCUGGAGGGGACACUGGUGGACGGACUGGGUGCAUGGAGUUGGUGUCGAUGGAGGAUCAGGACGCCAGGGUUCCAGCCCUGGAACCAUUCAGGGUGGAGCAGGCACCACCUGUAAUCUACUAUGUCCCUGACUUCAUCUCCAAGGAAGAGGAAGAGUAUUUGCUUCGACAGGUCUUCAAUGCCCCAAAGCCAAAGUGGACCCAGCUCUCUGGGAGGAAGUUACAGAACUGGGGUGGGCUCCCCCAUCCCCGGGGGAUGGUUCCUGAGCGGCUUCCUCUGUGGCUCCAGCGCUACGUGGACAAAGUAUCUGACCUCAGCCUUUUUGGGGGUCUCCCAGCCAACCACGUCCUUGUGAACCAGUAUCUGCCUGGGGAGGGCAUCAUGCCCCACGAGGACGGGCCACUCUACUACCCGACCGUCAGCACCAUCAGCCUGGGCUCCCACACCAUGCUGGACCUCUACGAGCCGCGGCAGCCAAAGGAUGAUGACCCUGCAGAGCAGCCCCAGUCCCCGCCCCGGCCAGCCACCUCGCUGCUGCUGGAACCGCGCAGCCUGCUGGUGCUCCGAGGCACCGCCUACACGCGCCUCCUCCACGGCAUCGCAGCUGCCCGCGUGGACGCGCUGGACGCCACCUCCCUGCCGCCCAACGCCGCCGCCUGCCCGUCGGCGCGGCCCGGAGCCAGCCUGGUGCGCGGCACGCGCGUCUCGCUGACCAUCCGCCGCGUGCCCCGCGUGCUGCGCACCGGCCUCCUGCUCAGCAAGUGAAGCCAGGCGCCCGGCCCGCUCGCAUUCCCCGGCUCUGCGCCUCCUCCCUCCUGGCAGCUGCGACCAUGUGACCUUGGAACCCUGGGGCUGAGGCGGGAGGCCCCUACCCCCACCCCCACCCCCACCCCCGCCGCGGGUUAUUUAUUUUCCCUGUAACCUUGUGGGAACUACAGGAAGAGGUUGCAUUUCAAAUAAACCAAUAAAAAUCUCUCUGGUUUUGGAUUGGGUGGGGGGGGCGCAGAUGCGUGGGUUCCUGAGGGGCAGUGUCUGGGACCUUGGGUGGUGUGGGCCCUGGGGUCAGAUGUAUGGGGCAGAAUCCAGGGCUCUUGGGUCAGGGUUCUAUCUGGAAACCCCUUAGGUGGGAUGAAUGGGGUGAGCCUAGGUUCAGCUAACUGGCUGGCUAGGGAGGAAGGAGUUAAAUGGUACUGCUGUCACCUGAGCUGGGCAUCAGGUUACCUGUGUCCACGUUCUGCUUGUUGGAAGGUAGAGCUGAGCCUGCUCCUGGGCCUCUGGCUGCCCAGGAGCCAGGGAAAGAGCUCUCACUGGGGAUCCUCACUGACUAU